AUGAUGAUGGAUCAAGCCCAUUUUAGUGAAUACUUGCUGAGACAGCAAAUGCUGCACGCAGCUUCCCUAAGUGGAUUGCAACACAGAGUAGGCGCAGACGCAGAACCGCCUGUAUGCGAAGGCCGACUACUGAAUGGUGAUCUGUGGAGACGGUUUCAUGAUAUAGGCACUGAAAUGAUCAUUACCAAAGGCGGACGGUCGUUUGUCGCCUGCUUGCUGAGUGGGUAUCCGCCUUCCCUGUCUGCCAUAUUGGUACAGGAGCGAGUGCGAGAGAGAGGCGCGCGGGCGCCGACCUCCUGCGGUGCCGUCGGCCGCCCGCCGCGUGCUCCGCCCAGCGCAUGCAGCACUAAUAAUCAGAUUAUGACAGCCAACUCUCAAGUGCUCAAUACUUCUACUCGUCACUCUUCACUGUCUCCUGAAAAAUUGACAGCAGACAUCCACAUGCCCAUUCUUGAUCAGUUGAUAAUUGGAUGA